CGCAUCGCGAGCCGUCCACCUUCUUCCCUAGUUUUCUUUCUGAUUCGUAGCCGUAAAGUACAAAAAUACAUCUGAAAAAAUAUCAAUGCCUUUCUGAUGGAAUCGGACGACACUUGGUUCCAACAUGGCGCCCAUAGAGACCACCCUCACCCAGUGUUGCGACUGUCCUCCUGAAGCUGAGAGACCGCUGCCAAUGGCAACCACUACAUCGGCUACUGAGCAAGAGUGGGAAUUUCCAUGGCGGGAUAUCCCAUGGCAACCAAUCGCGACAUCAUUAUCCAUAAUAGUCUCCACCACGGUUACCCUGGUGAUCGUCUGCUACAACCACCGCCAAAACAAGAAGAUCAGCGCCCUGAGGAACAACCUGUCGUUUGUAAACGACCAGCUGGCCAGGCUGUACGGACCUCUGUACGGAAACAGGCUCGCCAGCCACAAGAGUUUUGAGGAAGCUGUCGGGGAGCUGGUGGACAGAGAGAGUGAAGGUCUUGUCGACUAUCUCAUCAAGGCGCGGUGGAUAUGGGAGAAGAACACGUCAGAAGGUCAGAGGUUACUGAACCGCUGGCGAACCUUCCUGUAUUACGUCAUCCACCCCCUGGACCUGAAGGCGGAGGAGAUCAUCCGGGACAAUGCACACCUGUACGAGGACGGGUGCCCGGAUGUGUUCCGGGAUUUCAUCGUGCACGUCAAUCAUCAGAAAUUCGUCGUUGCUCGCUGGAAGAAGACGGAUAGAGGCGACAAACUAGACAUGGACGUGGAGUUCGCGGAGGCUGACUUCUCGCGAGACAACAACGCAGGAAGUUCCACCUACCGGCUGUUCUGGACUCUGGAGGAACACGUGACCGAGUCGUACGAGAAACUCGUGAAGAGAAAACGGAGGCUGAUGCGACUCAUCAAGGAGGAAACGGGCAACGGGGGAAGCGGAGGGAAGUCGGAAAAAUAAACAGCAUGACAAAUAAGGAAGUUAGAGGCAAAUCUGCACAGAAAAAUGAGAACGUUUAUCAUUUGGGAUGCAACUUCAAUUUGAUGAUAAGUUGAACAAUGACUCUUAGAUUCCUCAACGAAGUGCUGUGAAUGAAUGAAAAAAUGCCCGGCUACAAAUAACCUUUUUUUUAAACAAGCAAACUAUCAUGCAAAUAUGAAAGCAGAUAUACACUGAUCACGCACAGUACCCUUCCUUGUACGUAACGACGCAAUAAUAGCACAGAUAUAUGCAGCAUAUGGACAUUUUGAAAUGUGACGACAGUCUUACACUGUAGUUCCAAGCGUAUUAACAAGGAGGCGCUGCUCUGCAAUGGAAUUUCAGAGCUUGUCCUUGGCUAUGAAGAUUGAGGACACAAACGGAAUACUUAGUAUUUCGCGAAGAUAUAUAGACAUGGGUUACUUUACAGUAUACAGUAUUCCUGAAAGUCUUGUUCAAACCCUGGAAAUGUAAGGUUCAAGCUGAAUGGCAAUAGGAAACCGUCCUUCCUGUAAAAGGUUUACUAGCACUUGCCAGCAAGUUUGCAUACAAGUAAA